AUGUAUAUUGUAGUGAAACGAUAUUUUUAUAACCAUUUACAUUCAGGUUUGAAGAAAAUCGAACCUAUAAAGAAAAAACUGAAAAAAUCAAUUCAGCGAUAUUCAACGGACUGGGAGAAAAAGUUGAUAUGGGUUACCGAAAGCCCGAAAGGUAAUCUCUAUGCGUACUGCACAGUUUGCGAACAAAGCGUCAAGAGCACAGGUGGUUUGACGGAUUUGGAAAGGCACGGAGGGACUACUAAACAUAUUUCGAAUAGCAAGAAUAGUAAAAUUAUCAGUAGCACUCAUGCCAUGACUAGUUUUUUGUCGCAAGAGGACGGAUCCACCGAAGCGGAGCUUCGGCUUUGUGCGUGGGGAGUACAACAUAACGUUCCUAUGAGCACGAUUGAGAGCUUUGCCAAAGUUGCCAAAGACAUUUUCAAAGACUCAAAGACAGCACAGAAAGUGAAACUUGGUCGGACUAAAAUCACCGCGAUUCAAACUAAUGUUUUCGGUAAAUGCCAAACAGAAGAGCUUAUUGAGUUAAUGAAAGUUAACAAAUGGAGUUUACUCGUCGAUGAGUCGACAGACCUCACAGGUAAAAAAUCUUUGGCGAUGGUAAUUCGGACAUAUAAAUGGGAUGGUGUAUUAGUCCUUCGCGAUUAUUUUUACAAAAUUGCCACGGUGACGGAAACGACUGCUACUGCUCUACACAAACUGAUAAUUUCAAAGUUUGAUGAAGAUGAUGUGCCUUACAAAAACAAUUUGAUAGGACUCGGUACAGAUGGUGCCAAUGUUAUGAUGGGUCAGCAUCAUUCUGUUGGAUCGUUAUUUCGGCAAGAUUGUCCAGAUAUAUUUCUCAUGAAAUGUAUUUGCCACUCAUUUGCGCUUUGUUCGUCGUAUGCAUGCAAAAACAUUCCAAGUGAGGUGGAGCAACUUUGCCGCGAUGUUUACAAUUUUUUAAAAUAUGGAGGGCAACGACAAGCAAGGUUCAACGAUCUGCAAUGUCUGCUGGAACUGCAACCGUUAAAAAUGCUUCAUCCUUCAGCAACACGUUGGCUCUCACUGGAGGCAGUAGUUUUACGAAUGGUAAAUAGGUACGAUGUACUGUUAAUAUACUUUAAUUUUAUCGACGAUCGGGCCGACAAAUCUACCCGCGAAAAACAGGCAGCUAUUCGCAAGGUGUUAGUAAACCCACUCACGAAAACAUAUCUUCUCUUUCUGAGUUAUAUUCUGCCGGCGAUAAACAAAUUAAACAGAUUGUUUCAAUCCGAAACACCCGAGCUCUGUAGGCUUCAUACUGAAGUUUCCCAGCUAUACCGAUCCAUUUUGGAUAAUUUUUUAAAUGCUGAUUACAUGCUAUCAUGCAAAGACCCGGGAAAAGUUAUAUUUGAGCAACGCAACUACAAGGAAUUGGAUGCCUUAUACAUUGGCACAGCAGCAAAAUCGCACCUUGAGGGAAUAAAAUCGAACAAUCUAAUCCAACGCAAUGAUGUAACACAGUUCUUAACUAACAUAAUGAACUAUUAUAUUUCACUUGCGAAUCAAAUUCAGAUCCGCAUUCAUUUUGAAGAACCGGUGCUUGUUAACAUGAUCAUUAUUGACCCCAAAAAUGUAAUUGAGCGAGUCCAUGAAUCUAUUUUGCCACUAAUCAACGCAUUCCCAAAUUUAGUGACAAGUGAAACCAUCCAAGAAAUGGAUUCAGAAUUCCGUGAAGUUCGGAAUGUCGAUUUUCGAAAGUAUACAGAAGAGGAACGUAGAAGUAGUAGUGCAUUUUGGUCGAAGGUUCUGUCUGUUCAGCGAACGAAUGGAGAAUUUUCGUUCCCGCAUUUGCGGAAAUUUAUUGCGGAGUUGUUAAUACUACCUCAUUCGUCGGCCAGCGUAGAACGUUUAUUUUCUCAAUACAAUUUGAAUAAAACGAAAAUGAGAAAUCGUCUGUCUUCUGAUGCAAUGCAAGGAAUACUUGCAACCAAAGACUACGUCAAAACUCAUAUGGACGUACAUGGAAAGCUAGUACUAACCGGAUUUGUUAAAAAGAAUUUCAAUAGUCACAUGUAUAACGUGAAAUGUAAGUAA